AUGCCAAAGAAGAAGAAAAACCUUGGCGUGAGCCCAUCGAGGAAAAACGCAAACCCAGAGACAAUGUCUGCUCCUGACGCCUCGUCCUCACCAGCUUCAUUACAUGGGAUCAAUAAAGAAGAACUCGUCAGCGGACUUUCCGAAAUGUUCUCGGACUUGGAUCCCACGGUCAUCUACAUGGUGCUGUCGGAAUGUGAUUUCAGAGUGGAAGACACUAUGGAUUAUCUGCUAGAACUGUCCACGGCGGCGAAGGAUACAAUAUGUUCAUCAAACGUCUCAGGUUUUGAUUCCCUCUCUGCCUUGCUAGUUGGUGGAAAUAACUCAAGCUGUAGUACUCAUGAACUCGAGGGCAACGAUACUACUGCUGCAGUGGCGAAGUGUGGUGAAGAAUCACAGCAGCCCUGGUCAUCUGAAGAACUGGCCCUCCUGAUAGAUAAUGCUCUUGAGAAAUGCGGUCAAACAAGCGAAGCAAAAGAAUCAGGAAACGAUCGUCUCUUAGGUAGUCUAACUCUGGCUCAGGACCACAGUAAUUCCAAUUGCACUGAACUAUGUAUAAAAUCCAGCGGAUCAGCAAUAGAAAACUGGUUCACUGCAUCGAAACCAAAUUACAGGGAAGCGUCGGAGUCAAUGUCCAUAACAGAGGUUGAGACAAAGGAUAUUUUGACACCAAACCCAGAGAGCUGCAGUUUGCCAGAAGUUGUCCUGGACAGCGGUGCCGUUUCAGAAAUCGUGACGUUAGCCGACAAGGCAGAGUCUUACGCUGAUCCGAAUCAAAUGCAAAAGGUUUUAUUUGACUUUAUAGCAAUGAGCACCCCGACUGCUCAACGGUGUCACGGUUUUGCAAACAUAGAGACAAAUGCCUCCCCUAAUUCUUCUUCUUCUUCUUCUUCUUCACGGGACGCUGAAGAGCAUGAAAAUGGAGUGGCUCUCUGUAACGAUCUUAAAAAAAAUCCCGUUCCUGACCUGUGCACGGGAUCUGGUUUGAGAUCGGCACCUUUUACGAAGGAGGCGGAUCCUUCUCAGCAGACGUGGAGUGCGCGGUUUUCUCUGUUUCAGACUUAUCCUCAGCAGCUUAGUUUUUAUCCAGCGUUCGAUUCACAAGGUAGAAACCAUAGCUUUGUGACUCCGAUUGCCCUCGGUCCCGGGAAGUGGAGACCGGCUUCGGAUGGUAAGAGUCAAGUAAGGACCUUUUGCUCUCCGGAAGUUUCAAAAUCCUGGGAGAUGCCAAAGAGAUGCAGCAAUAAAAACGGGCGACAAAGACACCAUUUUUCUCAAGUCCAUCCACUGCCUGGAGGUCACGUAACGAACAGUAAAGCCUUCCCGGGUCAUGUACUGGUUCUUCUCCGAGGGCUUCCGGGAUCGGGCAAAUCGUAUUUGGCGAGGGUUUUGCUUGAGGAUAACCCUUGUGGGAUCAUGCUUAGCACAGAUGACUAUUUUUAUCAAAAGAACGGGCAGUACCAGUUUGAUGCUGAUUGUUUAGCAGACGCGCAUGAGUGGAAUUGGAAACGUGCCAAAGAAGCCUUUGAGAAAAGGAUCACUCCUAUAAUCAUAGACAAUACAAACACGCAGGCUUGGGAAAUGAAGCCUUAUAUUGCUUUGUCACAGCAACACAAAUACAAAGUUAUAUUUCGCGAACCGGAUACAUGGUGGAAAUUUAAACCCAAAGAAUUGGAAAGGCGAAACGUUCACGGUGUAUCUAAAGAAAAGAUCAAAAGAAUGUUGGAACGAUAUGAACAUUGCCUGACCGUUAAUUCAAUUUUGAAUUCUUCAAUCUCAGAUGACAUGAAGAAGGUUGCAACCUGUGCUGAAGUUCUCCCUCGCGAGGAAAGACAGGGGAAAGACGACCAGAAAGAAACGUUAGCUUCCUCUUUGCAAAGUGUAGAGUUAAAUCUAGGUGAAAAAGCUGCUUUAGAAGAAGUUACAGCAGAAGAUCGGAAUCUUCAAAACGAGACGAGAAGAGCUGGACCUGAUUCACAAGAAUCCAGUUCUGAAUGUAGUAUAGACUGCUUGGAUGCUGAUGCUUUACCAGCAGAGAUCGAAAUGGAAUCCGUUCUGGAAACCGAGUUAAGACCAGUCUUGGAUUCCAGUGACGACACUCUGUUGUGCAAUAAGAGUGAGUUGAAACUUCAGAUUGAAGCAACUGCACGUCAUGAAAUAACAGAGGCAGAAUUGACCGAAACGCAAAACAAAGAUGGCAACUCAGUAAAACCUGAACUGUUCAGCUUUGUGGGAGACUGGCCAGUAGAACAAACGAUGGGGCAAAGGGUAAAAAGAAAUAAAAGAUUAGACAAACAUGCCGGAAGGGACAAAGGAGAUUUAAGUGUACCAACAUCUACCCUUGAUUCAUUAAAAAAUACAAGUGAAGGUAAAAAAUCAGAUUUCGUAGACGGCCCUCAGGAACUGCCACUUUCUGAAGAAAGGUGUAAAGAUAAGUGUGAAGAAAACAACUAUAACUUUCCUUCCACGUCGAUGCCUGAGGUUAAUACAGAAGUCCAUACAACAGAAUUGCUGAUGGUAGGAGACUGGCCGGUCCAAACUUUGCAGCAAAGACGACACAGAAUGAAAAGAGUAACCAAGCGAGAUGUUAGUGAGUCAGAGGGAUUAGGAAACAGUCAACAUGAGGUCAACGCUGAUGAUGGGAACGCAACGUCUUUGCCGGACGAAACAUCUGCAGAUGUUGAAGAGCAGUGGGCCCCUUCGAAGGAGGAACACUUUCAAGGAUCUGAAAUCGCAGCUUCGGAAGCUCUCGGUGAGAAAAAGGCGCCGCCGAAUAAAAGAACACGUAAGCACCAUAAAUUAGCUUUAACCUUUACCAACAAUUCAGCCCUCAACAAACCAGGAGAAGCGCCGUCUCUGUGCAACUGGACCGAAGAAAAACCCAACGAACGUGCGGCGUCCGAGGCUACUAAAUAUUCACAGACAGAACCACGGGAUUUCGCCCUUCUGUGGAGACUGGAGAGAGAAAUUGUUUUUUCAGAAGAUACAAAAGUAUUACACGGCAGGCUCGACGGAUUCGUACCCAAAAGGGUUGAAACUAUUCCAGAUUGUCCGGAAAAGAUACCCUAUAAAGCAACCUACGAGAGAAGCACCUACGUAGAAGAAAGCGAGCUUGUGAGUGUGGAUGAAUCUGAGAACCUCAACAUUUUGUGCAAACUCUUUGGGUCUCUUUCCUUUGAUGCCAUCAAAGAUUUGUACGAACGGUGUAACCGAGAUAUGGACUGGGCUACGGGCCUGCUGUUAGACUCGGCCGAGAAACUGUGCAAAGAAGACGACGUUGAAGGCCUGCAGAAAGCAGAGGUUCCGCUUCCUGACAUGUCUCUUCCUUCCUUCCUUACUCACCCGUCCGAAAUAGCCGAAGUCCCCCUCGGUGACAACGGUGAGGACAUUUCUGACCCUCCUGCAGGAAAAGGUGUAAAUUCUUCUUCGGGAGAAAACAAAAUCCAUCCGUUACCUGCUACAGGAGAACACGCAGACUCCUCCGACCCGGAGGGAGAUCCUUUGAAUGGGCAAACAAAGCAGAGAAUUUCCUGGACGCGAUCGGAGAACGAGCCGCGGAGUAGCUCUUCCGUUCGUGAAACGGACGUCGCUGUUCGUGACGAAGUUGGUGGCUCCUGGAAAGCCACCCGUGAUGUGGAAGACGCCCAGACUCCAGCGGACCUUCAGGAGGGUCCAUUUCCAGAAGACACCUCUGAUUUGGAAAGAAGGGAAGCAACUGAUUCGAGCAGGGCAGAAAGCGACCGAUUCGAGCAGGGCAGAAAAACGGAGGGCGGUCCCGGCGUGGUGGUUCCGACGCAAAGAGAAGACUCCAAACGAGAUCCUGGGAUGGUCAAGUUGCAGAACUCCGUGUCCCACUCAAAGUCUGUGACCAUCGAUUGCCUCGAGCUGGUCUUAGCGCCAGAAUUAGCCAUGCAGUUAAGUGAAAUAUUUGGACCGGUUGGAGUUGAUACAGGAUCACUAACUCCUGAUGACUAUGUGGUUCAUAUUGAUCUGAAUUUGGCCAGAGAAAUUCAUGACAAAUGGAAAGCAUCUAUUAUGAAGCGUCAGAGGAGAGAAGAAGAAUGGUGCAAACUUUUUGAAAAAAAUCCCGUGCUGUUUGAGCAACUGCACCCGGGCCAAGUGGAUGGCCUGCUUUCCCAAUAUGCUGCUGAUUUCCAAGGGCGGGAGCAGGAAAGCUUACCUAUGGCUGCAUCGGCUGAAAGCUCGGCGGCUUCCGAAGUUUUCCCUUACAUGGAUCAUUGGAACGUCCACACCCAGAAGGUUUCGCUCCGGGAGAUCAUGUCUGAAGAAAUAGCUCUGCAAGAAAGACUAACUCUGAAGCCUUUCCCCUGCAUCGCUAAAAAAGACUGUGCUGCCAAACUGAAGGAGAAACAACUUUUGGAGUUGUUCCCAACCAUCAGCGCAAACUUCUUGAUGGACAUCUUCAAGGACUACAAUUAUUCCCUGGAACAAACGGUCCAGUUCCUCAACAGUGUUCUAGAGGCAGAUCCCAUAAAAAACGUGGUCGCUAAAGAACCGGCUCAGAACGCCGCGCGGUCUCCUAGCAACGCUUCCAAGAGCCGAGAGAAAAAGGCUAUGAAGACCAAAGAACUGGAAGACAUCCUGAGCGAGAAGGGAUUCCAAGACACUCAGUAUCCAGGCUACGAGGACUUCAGGGCCGAGGCCUUUCUUCACCAACAGCAAAGGCAGGAAUGUCUGCGGAAAGCCGGAGAAGCCUACCGCAUGGGGAUGAAGCCCGUGGCGGCGUUUUACGUGCAACAGGGCCAGUUUCACGAGCAGAAGAUGAAAGAAGCGAAUCAAGACGCGGCUCAGCAAAUCUUUGAGAAAGUCAACGCUUCAAAGCUGCCCAUAAACCUUUUGGACCUUCACGGUCUUCACGUGGAUGAAGCUUUGGGUCACCUCUCCAGAGUGCUGCGGGAGAAAACCACAGAGUGCAGCCUAGCAGGUGGCGUGCCGUAUCUCUACGUGAUCACCGGAAGGGGAAACCAUAGCCAGGGGGGAGUUGCUCGGAUCAAGCCGGCCGUUAUGAAAUACCUCACCAGCCACAAGUUCAGGUUCACAGAAAUAAAGUCAGGCUGUUUUAAAAUCUGGCUGGAAUAA